AUGCCGUCAGCAAUAUUAGAAAAGCCUUUGAAUGAAACAAAUAAGUCCAUUUCAACUACGGCCAAUGUACUUUUCGUCAAUGAUCCUACUUUAAGUGAACAGUUCGAUACUAUUCAAUUAUCGUUUGAGCUAUUUAUACGUCUAUUCCCCGGAACUGGUACAGAUGAUUCAAAUAGUAUACCUGAAAAUAAAUUCGUCUUGAUUAAGUUGCUAGGUGCUCCUGAUUACUUUAAAGAAUUCAAGAUCUAUCGAGUUACAUCUAUUGAUCAUAAUGCCCCCACAUCCAAUUCUGUCAUAUUUAUAAAUCAUUCUAACUUGGUCAGGUUUGACAACCAAUUAACAUUGAAUAGUUGUGUGAUUCAGUCAAUUGACUAUUCGUCCAUUCCUACAAUAGAAUCGUUGUUUGUUUCUGUUCCGCCGAAUAUUUAUCUGAUUUUGCAUGAUAAACCACUGUCUUCAAUUCGUGAUCAAUUUAUUAAUACUUUUUUGUUGGACAGUGGUUCUAUUAUCAGCACGGGUGAUAUUAUUAGGUCCAUAAAUGGUGAGGUUAAGUUAAGUGAACCGGUUUCUCAAGGUAUCGUUGACAACAACACAAAUAUUGUACUUAUUAAGACUGUGGAAAAUGACGAGGAUGACUUGGACUACAAUGAUAAAGAAUUAGUAAAUGCUGAUGAAAUUGAAGACGAUUUUGAUUCUGAAAUACAUUUGGAUUUGUCUACAUAUUUAUCAUCAUCGUUACAAGUUGAUUCGCCAGCAAUACACUCAGUCAAGUUAAAGGUUGAACCACUUCCAGCGAAAAUGAGUAUUGAUAUGUUACCCCCAAUAUGGCUAAAAGAAGAUACGGAAUUAUUUGUCUUUGCCAAUACAGCGGAUUUGCCAAAGUUGGGGUUUCCAGUGUUCAAUGGAGAUUCUGUAAAACUAAACUACAAUAACAAUAUAAUAACUGUCAAGCUAUUCACAUUUAUUGAACCUAAUAAGUCUUUUCGCAGGGGAACCCUUUAUUUAUCUCCAAUAUUACUUACUAAUUUAGGACUUUCUUCCAGUAGUGAAGUCACCUUGGAGCCGAUCAAACAGAGAGAUCAGCCAUUUACCAGUUUCUUUCCUGUUGCUAAAUCGGUAACAAUAUCAAGGGUUUCUUCUCAUAUCACUAUGGAUAAGACUUAUCAACAGCAUUUCUUUUCUGAAUUGAAAACUACAUUUCAUAAUAAUUUCAAAUGUGUUAAAAUAGGUGAUUUUGUACCUGUGGUUAUCGACACAGUGUUAGCAAAAACUAUGUUUGAUACCAGCAAUUUCAUACAACAGAAUCAACAAUUACAACCUGGAGAAGAAGAUAAUGCGCCUGACAUGGGGGUAAUCCCAACUGGUGAUCCAGAUGAAGUGGCAUGGUUUAAGAUUGUGGACAUUAGUGGCGAAUCGAAUGAAAGUGAAACGAACCAAUUUAUCAUAGAUCCUUCCAAAACAAGAAUGAUUUCAUCUGGUGUAGAAUUUAUUAAAUUACCACCAAAUGACUUUACUCAUUGGUACCAAUACUUGAGAUUACCCCCUUUGUUUAACUUCAACAAAACCAUUAAAUCAGACUCUACUUGUUUUAAAUAUGCAAGCGAAUUCAAGAAAAUUGUAACUACAUGCUUAAAUUCUCAGUCCAAAAUUAAUUUGAAAACAACAAUCUUAUUGAAUUCUAUGACUAGAGGUUUGGGUAAAACUACGUUAGUAAGAAACCUUUCCACAGAAUUGGGUCUUAAUUUAAUAGAAUUAGAUUGUUUUGACUUGAUUAAUCCGGGAGCUGAAUUGAAGACAAUUGGUCUUCUCACAGGAAAAAUAGAUAAAUUAAUUGGCGCACAAGAAAAUUCGACAGAUAAGGACUCAUCAUACCAUGUCAUAUAUUUGAAGCAUAUUGAAAAUCUAUGCGCUCAAAGUAACCAAAAUGAACAAGGAGCAAACAUCACGACUUCUUUGUCCUUGAAAGUUAUUCAAACGUUGAAUGAUUAUCUCAAUAAUUACUCAAAUCUAAUGAUUAUAAUGAGUUGUAAUGAUUUGGAUAAGUUAAAUGAAAACUUAAGACUGUUAAUUAAGUUCCAAAUUGAUUUCAAUGUUCCCGAUGAAAAGGAACGGUUGGAAGUCUUCAAAUUUUUAAUAGAAAAUGAAACUCACAAACAUAUCAAUUCAAGCAACCCGGAACCAUUCGAGGACAGGGAAGAAUUUGAAGAUCAGUUUGAUUUAUCUACUAUACCAUUUAAUAGAAGACAUGAUGUCAGCUUCUCUUCUUUAGCUCUACAAUCAGCAGGGUUGACACCUCGUGACUUGAUGUCUAUAAUUAAAAAGGCAAAACAGUUAGCAAUUAGUAGACUAAUGGGCCUUGCUAAAGAAAGUCGGAUUUCUUUAGAAAAAUUAAUUAAAAUCGGUAAUGGUGGUUUAGUAACUUGGAUUCCAGAAGACUUCAACAAGGCUAUCAAUGACGCGCGUAACCAAUUUAGUGAUUCUAUUGGGGCACCACGUAUUCCAAAUGUUAAAUGGGAAGAUAUUGGAGGUUUAGAUUUAGUCAAAGAUGAAAUUAUGGAUACCAUUGAUAUGCCAUUAAAACAUCCAGAGUUGUUUAGCAAUGGAUUAAAGAAAAGAAGUGGUAUCUUAUUCUAUGGUCCUCCUGGUACUGGUAAAACGUUGCUUGCAAAGGCUAUCGCUACUAAUUUCUCUUUAAAUUUCUUCAGUGUCAAGGGUCCUGAAUUGCUUAAUAUGUAUAUUGGUGAAUCGGAAGCCAAUGUUAGAAGAGUUUUCCAAAAAGCUCGGGAUGCAAAGCCAUGUGUUAUUUUCUUUGAUGAAUUGGAUUCUGUUGCGCCAAAGAGAGGAAAUCAAGGUGACUCUGGGGGGGUUAUGGACAGAAUUGUUUCGCAAUUAUUAGCAGAAUUAGAUGGUAUGAGUGGUGGAGAAAGCGGAGGCGAUGGUGUUUUCGUAGUGGGUGCCACUAAUAGACCUGAUUUAUUGGAUGAAGCUCUUUUAAGACCAGGAAGAUUCGAUAAAAUGUUAUACUUAGGUAUUUCAGAUACGGAUGAAAAGCAAUCCAAGAUUUUAGAAGCUUUGACUAGAAAAUUCAAGUUGGCCGACGAUGUUGACUUGUAUGAAAUUGCCAAGAAGUGUUCUUUCACCUUUACAGGUGCCGAUUUCUAUGCCUUGUGUUCUGACUCGAUGUUAAAUGCUAUGACCAGAACUGCCAAUGAAGUGGAUUCUAAGAUCAAGAAACUUAACGAAGAGUUGAAGGCCCAAAAAAAAAAAGAAGAAAUAUCUACAAGGUGGUGGUUUGAUAAUGCUUCAAAGCCAGAAGAUAUCGAGGUGCUAGUUCAAAUGGAAGAUUUCAACAAAGCCCAAAGUGAGCUUGUUCCAUCGGUGAGUGCCGAAGAAUUAGAGCACUACUUAAGGGUGAGACAAAACUUCGAGGGAGGCAAAGAGAAGGCCAUGGCUAAUGGUACCGCUGGUGUUGCCAACGGCACGUCGCAAGGCAUUCCUCCCGAGUUUGUUCAAAAAGUAGAGGAACUAAUUGGAGAUGGAAUUGACGGCAUAGUCGACGAAAACGGCAACCACAUCGACACAUCUAAUGGCCACUGA